AUGACAGCCGCAAGGCUCGUGUUUCCAUUCUAUCCUCCAAAACUCGUGAUAAUUACCUCAUCUCGGGUGCACAAAAAUGAAGCAAAACCAGUUUGUGUCGUNCGAAGGAAACUGAUGAGCGCUCCACUUGCUAAAGAUCUCCGAAUCAAGCACGGAGUUCGAUCGAUCCCAAUUAGAAUGGACGAUGAAGUGACAGUGGUUCGAGGUCAUUACAAGGGGAACGCAGGUCGUGUGAUGCGUGUCUACCGAAAGAAAUUCGUCGUUCAUAUCGACAAGAUCACUCGUGAGAAGGCGAACGGUUCAACCGUUCACAUCGGCAUCCAUCCGUCGAAAGUGGCCAUC